AAGAGCGAAGCGACUUGCCAUUUGGCGACUACGCACGCAAGUUCUGACAACCGUAAACUUUCUUCUUUCGUAUCAGAGUAGCGUUUUGUCUUCUUUGCUCUGCCCUUGUCUUUAUUUUCCGUUUCCGUCUUGUAUUCGCGUUGUAGGUAGGAUUACAAUCAUGUAAAAUUAGAUGAUCGAUAUGCCGAGUCAAGAAGAUAUGGACCUCUGUACCGACAAGGUACUAUCUAAGGGAAGAAUUCUUCAGGAAUUGACUAAAGCUGUCAAAUUGGUAUACGCUCAAAGUUUAUACGGCACAGUAGUCUUGGAUGGUGAUUCCUGGUUGGUCUAUUGGUUAGACCGUGCUCUACGUCAUGGAUUACGGGUAGAGAGACACGGAUACUGGGGCACGGCUCGCGAACUGAGUCAUCAGGAUACCGUCGUUGUGAUACAUGCUCUCCAAAGCGUAUUAACUUCCAUUGGGAAAGGCAGAGCAUGGCUCUAUCAUACCCUUAGUGAAGGCAGCUUCGAAAGCUAUUUAGCUUGCUUGUUGAGAGAUACGAAAACAUUGAAGAAGCAAUAUUUUCCACAUGCGCUUGUUCGCGAUGCGGAUAAAACUAAUCAGUUGGUCAAUCUCCUCGCUGGUUUAGAGAAUGUCUCUUUCACAUUGCAGCUGGAUGUCACGUACCUGGAUAUUUGCAAUUAUAUGCCUCAAAGGCCUAUGAGCGUAAAUCCCUCUGGAACUAUAUUGUCGUUGCAUCUGAGAUCGUCCAGCGUUUCCUCGAGUCUAGCUUCUCCCGGUGAUAGCGGAGUCGCUUUCGACAGUGAUAUGGAUAUUGCGAAUGAAACGGACGCCAGUAGUUACAAAGAGGAAGAUUUUCACGUCGAAGAAAUUCCGAGGUAUCGAAACAACAGAUACAAAACGAUGAUGAAUAAUCGCAUGGAGGACAAUAAGAAUUUUAGUUGUAGUGAUUCUAGCGAGGAUGGGAAGACGCCUACGCAGUCACCCGGUAUGGUCGCCGGCAAAUUUUCAACCGCGAUGGUAAUGAAAAGCGACAUAACGAAUCAGAACUUGAACAGAAAAUUGGAUGAUAACGAGCUCGAUCGUUCGAGCUUAGAUACAUUGAAAGAUUACGAGUUUUACAGCAAGAGUCUGGAUGAAUCGAAAUUAGAUAAGAUAAACGAUAAAAACGAUAACGGAGUCACAAAGGAAUUAAACAAAAGAAGCACAUAUUACAGCGACGGUAGUUACAGUUUCAAGAGAAGCAUCGACCCUCGUAAUUCGUAUGUGAUCAACAACGACACGAAUCUCUUGGAACUCAGCAUGACCAUCUCCGAUUGCGACAAUAUAGAACCGACUUACGGUAUCUUGAACACUUUUAAUAUGACUGAUGCCGGAAUUUUAUCAUCUUCCAGCUCGGAGGCCAUAGUUCAACGUCGGCAACGUAAGAAAAAACGCGGCGAAAGUAAAAAACGUGUCAGCUUCCAUGAAGAUAUUUUGAAAACUAUGAAGCUGGAAGAUGACGAGACUUAUGCCGACUUCUCUAUGAGCUUUUUAAGACCUAACUCGGUGCUGAAAAGGGACACGCAGAAGGGAAGAUACAGUUGGUGCGCGCACGGCGAUUCACCGUACAUUCAAAAGAAGGCGACGACCAGGAACGCGCACUCGGAUUACUACUCGUCCUAUUCGUCAUCGUCGUCCUCGAGCGUGUUCACGAACGAAAACGAUUGCGAGAAGAGGCAGGCGUCGUCGAGAAGCGCGUGCGACCAAUUACCGUGCCAGAGCAAUUGCAAGUGCGCUUGCGGAUUCUCGCUUUCGGAGCGUGGUGCACCGGAGGGUCAAGAGGAUCCUGGGACAGCGCUUAGACCAAAAAUGGAGAUUGAAUUGGAAGAGAACGAAGCGCAGGAAGCGUAUAUCGUCGAAAAGCAAUACGGAAACGUUGUGGAAGAUCCACCGGCGAAGGUUCAAAUGCCUUGUCCAUCCUCGUCGAAUUCGAAUUCGAACAACUGUCCGCUGACCAGUUCUCCUGCGGAGUGCUGCUCCGAUGGUAUCGUGGAUAGCACUACCAUCUCCGUCUCGACGGACGUGGACGAACGUAGAAAUAACAGGCACUUGGCUUCACCGUCAAGAAAGCGCAACAUCACCUCCAUACUGACCGGAGAAAGUAGCAGCAAGUUGUUGGCCCCGCCUUUCAGACAAGCUCCGCCAUCGAAGACGUCACUGUUGAGCAGAUUUUUAAAAUCUAUCACACAGCGAAAGUUUGAAGUGAAGAAAAGUCAAAAAUCGCAGCAGAAAGUAAAUCCUCUGUAUAUCAAGGGUGUAAAAGCUAGUUAUGAUUCGUUCAAGGAUUUCAACGAUAACCUUGAUCGAGAGAUACAGGAGAACGUUGCCGCGGAGAAGCGAGAAUUUAGUGGCGAGAAAGUUAGCUUGAAACUACGAGAACUAUUCAAGAAGCAUAUUUACAGAGAUAAAACGGAAGAACUGUACAAAGUGUACAAAGUUCGCAGUUCGUACAUGACCAACGGAGAAAGCAAACCGAUGAUCGCUUUACUAACAGAUAAGACUUUGUAUUUAACAGGCUCGAAAAAGGAUCGUACCUACAGCAAUCAAUUCGUCAUUCCGUAUACCGAAUUGGACGUGAUUAUGGUUGGACCAAAUGCGCAAACGAUAUUAUUAUCCAACGCGGACUAUGAGAUGCAAUACUUAUUUUCCACGGGAAACUCGCAAAUUACCUCGGAGUUGAUCGCUCAUUUGGAAAUGGCUAUGAGACGAUCUCCGACAAAGCCGAGGCUUCCCGCGGUUAAGGAAUUGAGCUACGAUGAUCUGCAUACUCUGAAACACUCGAUUCUUUGCGACACCGCCGUGCAUCCCGAUGAAAAAAUCGAGCAUUACAAUCUGAUCUAUAUGGAAGACGAACAUAUGUCACCGCCCAGCACGCCUUGCGGUCCAACGAAGGAAGGCGAUCUCAUGUAUAGGCCACACACGUAUCAACAACUCCAUUGUAACGUCGCCGCAUCGACGCCGACGCAUCCGUGGGAAACCGGAUACUUCGUUUUGAAAGGCGGAAUCGUGUAUAUGUUCACGGACGCGAAUCAACAGUUACCGAAACGUGCCAUCCCAUUGAAAGGCGGCUUCUGUCAGGGAUGCCGAAGGAUCCCGAACUCUCAUCGUCCUCACACAUUCGAGAUACUUUUAAAACCAAACAAAGCCUUUCAGUUCGCGGCUCCGGACGAGUACGUGGCAUCCGAAUGGCUGCAGAGCUUUGUACAAAGCGCCUCGGGAUUUUUCGAUGCUUCGGAAAAGAGAGAACCUCUACCGUGCAGCCUUGUCACCACCACUAAGCAUUUGGUCGCUAUGAAGGAAGCAUUUCCCGGUAAACGACGCGGGCAAACUCUUUCUUACGCUUCUGUCGAAAAUCUCACAGCCUUCAGGGUACCUCUGACUCAACAAUCUUGGUGCAUACUGGAAUUCGCGUGUCGAGAAGUACACGAAAGUAGUGGUGACUGGAUCAUAUACUUUAACAACUACACCGAACUGUGUACCUUCAGGGAAGUUUUAGAAACGCUAUGGUCCGACGCAAGUUUGGGUGAAUUUCCUAUGGUAACUCUUCCACCGGAAGACAGACUUCAUCGACGUUGCUCAGACGCUAGCAAAGAAUUGGAGCUCGCAUGGCGAUGUUUACUACCCUCGGUAAUCGAUUAAGCUGCAAGUAAAACCGCCUAAGGUCAGGUCUACUGAUGAACGACUCAAAUUAAAUCUAUCACCUACUAUCGCAUCGAGACGAUUCUCGCGUUCGUCAACGAUAGCCAGGAGCGACGUCGAAUAGCGAGUACGAAAAAAAAUUACAUAUACGUAUGCGUACAUAUAAAAUAUUUAUCGACGCGCUUACGCGUUCAUCGAUGUGUGCGCUUCAGUAAAAUGGUGCAAUAUCUUUUUAAUAGUGUAAACUAUACGAGUGUUAUGCGUAUGUCUUUCGUUAAUCGGUAACGAUAAAGCGAACUGCACUGUUAUAUGUAUACACACAUAUGUAUAUGGCAGCAGGUGCGAAAAAUCGUAUAAUAACUGCAACUGGUAUCGGGUAUCGGGUAUCGAUCACGCGAACGUCUAUAUCAUUCGAACAUUAUUAUAUCUGUAUAUUUAAUUUAAGAAUCGCUAUGUGACGCUCGUUUGAUAGUGCACUACGAUACCGGCUACCAAACGAUAAGGUUUAAAACGUAAUGCUAACAAAACGGCGAUGGUGGCUUGCAGCCUCUUCUAUAAAAGAAUCGCCUAUAAAAUGUGCUUCUAAAACAAGUAUAUCGCACCGCGUAUAAUUAACAUUCCGAUAUAAUUCGCAAUAUUCGCGUUGAUGAAAAUUGUACCCACAUCACUUUUACUUUUCUUUGUUUUGUCAUUUAACUUAACUCCUCGAUUGUUAUCAUUAUCAUUGCCCUACGUUAAGAUUAAUAUUUAAAGAUUAAUAUUUAAAGAUUAAUCUUUAGAUUAGGACCGCGAUAUGUACCGUAGUUACAUGUACGUAGAACGAUCUCAAAGCGUUUCUAAUCUCCAUAACUCGGUGUAACGUAUCGACGAUUAAAUAGGUAGUUAAUUUCCUUACGCGGCAUCAAGCUUCGCGAGAUAGUCGAAGAAUAUACGAUCAAAUUGUUUUCUCAUUUACUUACUCUCUUUUCUAAAUAACAAUACCAUUUUUACGCGUACCAAAGAACGUUUUAACAGGAGAGUUAAUGUAUUAUUUUUUAAUCGCUGUUUCUGUACUCUUAAGAUUACAUACAUAUUAUACAUAUAGAUAAAUACAUAAGUAUAUCUUUUCGUUACCAAGAACUACGCGAAUCGCAGCAGUUUGUAAAACAUUGUGAAUAAAAUUCUAAUCGUAG